AUGAAGUCAAUCUUAUCCAGCACUUCUCUCGACUCUUCCUUCUCUCUCUCUAAACGCUACUUUAACUGGAAGAAGAAGACGGUUCAAGAAGAAGACGACGAGGAAGAAGAAGAAGAAGACAACAACAACAACAACAACGAAGAAAAGAUCUUGACACGUUUCAACUUUUCCUCCGACCCGACACAACCAGAUCAGUUCCAUACUCAACACGUGAUGAAAAAGACGAAAAAGAAGAAAAAGACAAUAGAGAAGAUCCGUUAUGCACUUGGUUUCUCUAACUCGAGUCUAGGUUUCCGUGUCGUGGGUACGUUAUUCGGUAACCGUCGUGGACACGUGUACUUCUCCGUACAGGAUGACCCGACCCGUUUACCAGCUGUUCUGAUCCAGCUACCGACUCCGACGAGCAUACUCGUCAAGGAAAUGGCUUCAGGGCUCGUGAGGAUCGCGCUAGAAACGGCAGCGUUUAAGACGGGCUCGAAGAAGCUACUUGAAGAGUCCACGUGGAGAACGUACUGUAACGGCAGAAAGUGCGGUUACUCGGCGAGGAAAGAGUGUGGAGAGGCAGAGUGGAGAGUGUUGAAGGCGGUGAGACCUAUUACAAUGGGUGCCGGAGUCUUACCUGCGGCGGCAACGGCGGGGGGAGAAGGGAGUGAAGCGGUGGGGUCCGAGAAAGGUGAGCUCAUGUAUAUGAGAGCCCAGUUCGAGCGGGUUAUCGGGUCGAGAGAUUCGGAGGCUUUUUACAUGAUGAAUCCUGAUGGGUCAAGUGGUGGGCCUGAGCUUAGUGUUUAUUUUCUAAGGGUUUGAUUUGGAAAAAGAAACACAUAAAUUAGUAAUGAUUAAAGAAGGUAAUAUUGUGUUUUUGAUUAUGGUGUUUUUGUUUAAUGAUGAGAUAAUGACAUAUGGGAAAUGUUAUUUAGAAGCAAUAUUCUAUGGAAUCAUUGUUUCUUUUCGCACAUGCUCAAAUAUUUUGAAUUAUCUUAAUGCAAAAGUUUGUUUCUCUACAAAACUGUUGCUUGAAUGACUGGA